CUGCACAAUUAAUCGAAUUUCUAAUCGCGAUCACGAUUACAGAAGCCACGAUUACGUAAUCGUCCAAAGCCGCGAUUACACAAAAAAAAAAAAAAAAAAAAAAAUCUGCGCGCAUAGGAGGCGUGUUUAGAUCAUGUCAGGUUGUGAGUGGCGAAUCACCACUUUUAAUAAUAGUCUGUAGGCGUGUCAUUAUCAACGACCAGAUUAUCCACUGAUACGUCUCAUGUCAUGUUAAUUUCAUCAUGUCUGCUGAUAGAACAACAUCCGAUUCCGACAACGUGCAAAGUGCUCAUCCACAAUUAGAACCGAAAAGAAAAGCAACAUCAGUGGUGUGGAAUUAUUUCGGAUUCACCAGAGAUGAUGUCGAUCAGCGUGUUAUACUGUGUAAAUUGUGUCGAUCAACUGUUUCUGCACCAUCAAGCAACACCACAAAUUUAUACAACCAUUUAAAAUUCAACCACAGAGUGCAAUACGAGGAGUGUCUCAGCGUAAAAAAAAAAGCGCCAAGUGAUGCGAGAACUGCAACACAGACACCCAUCACGAAAUCUUUGUUUAAUGCUACUCCGUACCCGGCAGGUUCCCAAAAGCAGAUCGAGAUAACUGAAGCGAUCGCGCAUUUCAUUGCAAAAGACAUGGUGCCGAUUAAUACAGUUUACAGCGCGGGGUUUAAAAAACUCAUAAACACACUGGACAAGAGAUACGUCAUCCCCUCCCGCAAUUAUUUUUCUCAAGUUGCGCUGCCUUCGCUUUAUUCAAAAUGCCGGGAAAGCAUUGAAUCAGAUCUGCAGAAAAUUGAGUUCUAUUCCACCACGACUGAUUUAUGGUCGAGUAGAACUAUGGAACCAUAUAUGAGCCUUACGGUUCAUUACAUUGAUGACGAGUUUCAACUCAAAACCAGAUGCUUGCAAACGUCCUAUUUUCCGCAAGAUCACACCGGGGAUGCGAUUGCUCAAGGACUGAAAGAGAUGCUGGGUGCCUGGGAUUUAAAGGAGGAGCAACAAGUCUGUGUCACAACAGACAACGCAGCAAAUAUAGUGAACGCUAUUGCUAUCAAUAAGUGGAGCAGACUUCAGUGUUUUGGACACAGGCUGCACCUAGCAAUUGAACAUUCUUUGAAAGAUGGACGGAUUGACCGUGCACUAAAUGUCUGCAAAAAGGUGGUAGGGUGCUUCUCCUAUAGCUGGAGACGAAGGAGGGAGUUAUCCGAGGCCCAGAAAGAGCUCAAGUUACCUCAACACAAGCUCAAGACUGAGUGUCCGACAAGAUGGGGCUCAAAACAAGCAAUGAUCGCCAGGGUAUUGGAACAACAGAGUGCCAUUUCUUUUGUUCUCUCCGCGGACAGAAAAGCCAGACACCUUGUCCCCACAUGGCAGGAUGUAGAGGUCCUUGAGGCGGUCAACAACUCCCUUUCUCCACUUGCUGAAUUCACGGAUGCUCUUUCAGGAGAGCAAUAUGUAAGUGUGUCAUAUGUGAAGCCUGUUCUUCAUUUGUUCAACAAUAAAAUCUUGGCAGAGAAAGAGGGAGAAACAGAACUGUCAAAAUGCAUCAAGAAAAAGAUCCUGGACUACCUGAAUAAUAAGUAUGAUGAUCCACUGACUCAAGAAUUGCUUGACAUGGCUUCUGCAAUUGAUCCCAGAUUCAAGCUCAAGUACGUCAAUGAGAACAGAGUUGAAGCUGUCAAGACUCGUUUGAGAGCUGAAAUGGCAUCAAUAUCUACUACAGUCAAGCCUCAACCAUCGGUGACUGUUAGAGAGGAAGCAGAUGACCAAAAUGCUCCAGCACUAAAGAAGACCAAAAAAACACUGGGCAGCUUCUUUAAAGUAGAUGAGGACCAGAGGCCAGCAUCGCCAUCUCUCAAUCUCCAAGACAUGGCCAUUACUGCAGAGCUACAGUCUUAUUUUCUAUCUGCUGCUGUUGAUAGUGAGGAGGAUCCUUUGGUCUGGUGGAAGGAACAUGCAAAACAAUUCCCAGCACUAUCCAAGUUGGCACAAAAGUAUUUGUGCAUUCCUGCCACAAGCUCUCCCUCGGAAAGAGUAUUCAGCACUGGAGGAAACAUUGUGAAUUGUUUGCGUGCAUCCCUAAAGCCUGAAAGUGUGGACAGGCUUGUGUUCCUAGCCAAAAAUCUUUAAAAGUCUAACUUGAUGUUGUUCAUUCCUGAAACCUUGAAGUGUUUUUAUGUCUUGUGUUCUAGGCCAAAAUACUUCAUAUGGCAAACUCAGUUUUUUUCUUUCUACAGGUUAUCUUGAGUUUUUCUAUUGUUUUAAUUUUAGUUUUAGUAUAAUACCAUGCAUACUAUUGCAUAUUUGCACUUUUUUUUAUUUAAAGAAACCAAACCAAUGUAGAAAAGCAAUAAAAGUUUUUCAGGAAGAGUGUUUUCAGCUUGUUUUUUUUUUUAUAUAUAUACAAAUAUGGCAUGAAGUUGCUUUAAACAUGGUAUAAAGCUACUUAAAACAUCAAUCAAAUGUAAAUUGUAAUAAUCGUAAUUAAUAAUCGCAAUUACAAUUUCAAAGGAAUAAUCGACAAUUAUGAUUUUUGUCAUAA